AUAAAAACUUUGAAGCGGUAAAAUUCUGUGAUCAAUAAAUAUUGAAUUGGACGAAGUUUAGGUUUUUUAAUACAAUAAUUUUAUUGAAACGUGCUCGGUGCUGAGUGAAGCCACGGUUUAGUGCUGGAUUGGUGCGACGCGCGCAGAUCCUCGACAAGCCGCGCUAGAGUGCCGGCCAGCAUAACCUAAACUUUUAACAGCCGACAGACCAGCCACAGUUUCAGUCAAACGAACGCCGGGUGAACACGACAGUUGCCUCGACAAAGUUUUCGGUUAAAACUUAACUCACUAGCUGACCGUUAAUAAUAAUAACUUAUAAAAAAAAGGUUUAUCUUUAAUAAAACGGAGUUUAUUUAUUAAUAAUUUAUUAUUUAUUAUUAAUAUUUGAUAUUACCAACAACUGGAGAUUUUAUUAUUUCAAUUAAGGGGUUACGUUUUUAAAUGUUUGUGAUUUAUUUAGUGUUUGUGGCUGUUUAAUUAUUAUUAUUAUUUUUUAUUUUAAAAGCUCCCAGGAGUGAAUUGUUUUAUUUUUUGUUUGAUUUUAUUAUUUGAAAUCUGGUAAAUAAAUUUAUAAGGGUUUCUUUGUGAUGUGCCACGAGGCGAGAGUUUGAAGGAGCUAUUUUACUAAGACUACGGAUUAUUCUCGUAUAUACGGUGAGUGUCCACUUUGCCUCUAUAAUCGGCUAUACACUACCGAUACUGUCCACGACUAUUGUGUCAAUCAACUUUAACGAACUUUAACGGCCCUAGAAUUGAUAAAUAAUUAAUAAUAAAAAAGAGGAGGAGAAAAAUCGUUGUUAAAAUAAAGAAAGUAACGAGGGAUGCCGGUUGACUGAAGAUGGCCUCCCCGACACCCUCGUUGGAAUCACGCGCAAAUUCCCUCGGCUCCCUGGUUUCGUUAUCCCCGGUGACCGUGAGCGGGAGUUCACCACCAGCAAGCGACUCAGCGAUCUGUGACGUCGACAGUUGUGAUAUCUGCCUGGACACAGGCAAACCGGGCGACGGAACUUGUAACUGUCGUCUCGGACGCGGAGUAAGGUGUACAGGUUGUAAAUCCACCGAAUCAGACGCGGUAGCACGUUGUUUCGAUUGUGCUAAUUUUCUUUGUCCCAAUUGCGUAAUGGCGCACCAAUUUAUGCACUGUUUCGAGGGGCACCGAGUUUUGAACCUCGGCGAAUCAAAGUUAGAGGCUAACGCCGAAUCACGGGGGAAUUUGAUGAUAACUAACGGCAGCAACGGAACAACAAACGGUGAAAAAGCACUCUACUGUUUGCGUCACAAAAACGAAUUACUUAAAUACUUCUGUCGUACGUGCAAUGUUCCCGUUUGCAAGGAGUGCACUUUGAGCGAACAUCCGGCGUCGGUUCAUGAUUGCGGGCACAUUACCGAAGUUGGUUCACAGCAACUUGAAUUGGUGUCAAGAACAGUCGCCGAUUGUCGAGCGAAAGCUUCCGAAAUCCGUACCGCGAUAAAAGCCGCUGACCAUGGUGUCGCUAAAUUACAAAUUCAGUAUCACAAAGCCCAAAAUGAAAUAAACGACACCUACCAGUUUUACCGAUCGAUGCUGGAAGAGCGAAAGCAAGAGCUCCUUAAAGAACUUGAAUCAGUAUUCUCCGCAAAACAAAUUUCUCUUGGUGUAAUCACGCAGAAAGCCAAUGAAAUGGUUGAUAAAAUUCAACAAACAUGUGAGUUUGUCGACAAACUAACUAAAUUCACAACUAUCACCGAGGUCCUGAUGGUGAAAAAACUCCUGGAUUCAAAACUCCAACAGUUAUUGAGCUACACACCUGAAAUCACAAACCAGUCGGAUUUGGAAUUUGUUAGCAACUACCAGGCGAUCCAGGUGGGCGUGAGGAAUACCUUUGGGUACGUAAGAAGCAGCGCCGACAGCAACAGUAUGGGACCCAGCAAACAGCCACCAAUAGCGCGACCAACGGCCCUAACAAAUGGAAAUAGCGGUGGAAGCAACGCCAGCAGCGGCCCCGGUAGUGCAGGAUCUCUUGGGGGUUUACUUUUAGAUCGUCCCUACAGCAAUGGCCUAGUAUCAACCACUUCAACUUGCGCUUCGACUUCGCCCUCCUCCUUCGAGAGCAAUGUAAUCUCGAAGAGGUUCAGCACGGCAAAUAGCCUCGGGCCAUUCUCAACCACAAUAACAGAUCUUAACCUAAACGGGAUGAAUAAUCCAUACGAAAAGUGGAGCAAUGGAGGUGGAAGCGAUGCUUAUUCAGUUAAUGCAAAUGAUCACUUUGCAAUAUCAAACACUAAUGGCGGUGGUGGUCCUACCGCAGCAGACUCCGUCCUGGAUCUUACAUCGAAAUUAAUGUCCGCGGCUAUUGUGUUCCCACCAAAGUCACAGAUAAAACGUCAAAAAAUGAUUUAUCACUGUAAAUUUGGUGAAUUUGGUGUUAUGGAGGGACAGUUUACCGAGCCAUCAGGUGUUGCCGUUAAUGCGCAGAAUAUUAUUGUUGCUGACACAAAUAAUCAUCGCAUACAGAUAUUCGACAAGGAGGGAAGAUUCAAGUUUCAAUUUGGAGAGUGUGGGAAGCGUGACGGACAACUUCUGUAUCCGAAUCGUGUCGCCGCAGUGCGUCCUUCUGGUGAUAUUAUUGUGACAGAACGGUCACCAACUCAUCAAAUUCAAAUCUACAACCAGUACGGACAGUUUGUGCGUAAAUUUGGUGCAAACAUUCUUCAGCAUCCCCGCGGUGUUACCGUUGAUUCAAAGGGUCGUAUCGUUGUGGUCGAGUGCAAAGUUAUGCGCGUGAUAAUAUUCGACCAGGCCGGGAACGUCCUCCAAAAAUUUGGAUGCUCAAAGCACCUCGAGUUUCCAAACGGCGUGGUGGUUAACGACAAACAAGAAAUAUUCAUAAGCGACAAUCGCGCACACUGCGUCAAAGUUUUCAACUACGACGGUGCUUACUUGAGGCAAAUUGGUGGUGAGGGCAUCACUAAUUACCCGAUUGGAGUUGGAAUUAACGCCGCUGGUGAAAUUCUGAUCGCUGAUAAUCACAAUAACUUCAACUUGACAAUCUUCACCCAAGACGGACAGUUAGUAUCUGCCUUGGAGAGCAAAGUUAAGCACGCUCAGUGUUUCGACGUGGCGCUAAUGGAUGACGGGUCAGUGGUACUUGCCAGCAAGGAUUACCGACUGUACAUCUACCGGUACAUCCAAGUACCGCCUAUCGGUAUGUAGAGCCGUGGGUGAUGGGCCGCGACUCACCGCGACCGGACUACGCUUAGCCAACCUCAGUAUCAAAAUCAACUACAAUCUAAACACAAUCGUGAUAAGCGAACCGGUAACGUUGAGUCCAGCCCCGAUACGUGCACACCGUCGGUACGUACAUCUGCGAAUCCAAUCUCCAAGACGGACACUAAUCAAGAUAAAUUCCGACUACAUCGAGUCAACCAUCAACAUCAAAAUCAGCAUCAGCAGCAGCAGCAGCCACAACCGCAUCAUCAAAAUCAUCAUCACAAUCACAAUCAACGCACUCAAAAUUCAACUGACUUAGCUGUUAACAGCGUGACCCGCUGGUCCAGCUUACCAGUCAGAAUCCUCCAGGACCCAAAACGACUUGAUCGUAGCAAUAGUAUUAUCAACGACGAGCCGACGUUAGCAGCACCCUCUCGCCGAGCCCAGUUUUCUUUGGCUAGCCAUCGUGCCCGUGGAAGUGACUCCAGGGAUUCUUAGCAGCGUCACGACUUUUCAUUCCCAUCAUCUUCACCAUCAUCAUAAUUAUUAUCAUUAAUAUUAUUAUUAUUACUAUUAUAACUAAUAUUAUUAUAAUCUUCAUCAUGAUCAUCGGUCCAAUAUUUAAGUAAGAGCGUGCGCGGAAAUCUCAGCCUAUUAAUACGUAUGAGGAGAGAAUGAGAGUAUCUCUGAGAGACGCACAAGACGAUGCUCCGUAAGUUAUUAUUGUGAAGAAAAGUAAAUAAAAAAUAUAAAAUAUUUAAGAUAAAAAAAUGAUGUAAAAUAUUAAAUUUAAAAAUAAUAAGUAAUACGAUGAGAAUAAGAGUAGGCGGACUCGGAAACGACCGAGACACACGUCGUACACACGCGCGAAACUUACUUGUUAAUGUUGUUAUAACUGAAAAUACUGUUGUUGUUGUUUAGUUGUAGAGCUCGCCGCCGCUAGUCACUCCCUUUAAGCCCUUAUUACCCCAAUUCCCAGAUGAUAACUCGGCCCGGUUCCUCAAACUCCCAGAAGUUUAGACCUAAAACCCAAAACCCAAAACCCCAAAACCAAAAUUGCCAACGAGGACUCAACGUUUUGUCAAACGCGAGUAGAAGUCGUACCAA